GUCACCAAAACCUUCCUGUCACCCUCGCACCUCCCACAUCGCGCCAUCUCCCCGGCGCAAGCUUGCAUGUUUGCAGCAGUCAUCGAGCCCAGCCGUUCACCAUGCGGCUCAUCAACAAUGAGAGCCUCGCGCUCGAGUUCUUCAUGGGCACGCCGCCGGCCUACGCGAUCCUCUCGCACACCUGGGAGGACGAGGAGGUCACGUUCGAGGACUUUACCGACGCGGACCCCCAGGCGCGAACGUUAAAGAAAGGGUUCGGCAAGAUCGCCAUGACGUGCGAGCUCGCGCGCCGCGUCGGGCUGACGCACUCGUGGGUCGACACCUGCUGCAUCGACAAGCGCAGCAGUGCCGAGCUCACCGAGGCCAUCAACUCCAUGUUCCAGUGGUACGCCGCCGCAGCCAUCUGCUUCGCCUGGCUGGCCGACUUGGCGCCCGAGGCGGAGGCGGAAGCGGAAGCGGAGGAUGCGGCCGCCCUGUCCAGGCUGUCGCUGGCACAGCAACAUCCACAUCCACCAGCACAGCACGCCAGGACGAUACUGGGACUCAAGCAGUGCCGCUGGUUCACGCGCGGCUGGACCUUGCAGGAGCUCAUCGCGCCGCGGAUUGUGCAGUUCUACGACCGCGACUGGCACUUCCGCGGCACCAAGGCGAAUCUCAGCGCGCAGCUGACGCGCAUCACCAGCGUCAACCAGGAGGUGCUCGCCAACCCGGCCGGGAUGCGUCGUCUGUCGGUUGCCGCACGCAUGGCCUGGGCGGCAGGCCGCGAGACGACGCGCGCCGAGGACAUGGCCUACUGUCUGCUGGGCAUCUUCGACGUCAACAUGCCGAUGCUCUACGGCGAGGGCGACAGGGCCUUUUUGCGGCUGCAGGAGGCGAUCGCGUCACAGACCAACGACCUCUCUCUCUUUGCGUGGAUGGCACAAGACUCUACGGCCGCUGCUGUGUCUGGACAAAAAGCAGACAGUCGGGUAUUCUCAGCGGGCAAGUCGCAGCAGCAGACGCACCGUGGCGUGUUCGCUUCAUCGCCCGCCGAGUUCCGCGGCGCUGCGUCUAUCCAGCUGCUCAGCAGCACGGCAUACAACCCGGAGUUCAUCAUCACCAACAAAGGGCUGCGCAUGAACGCGAGAAUCUUCGCCGGGGAAGAUGCUGCCUACUUUCUCGGCCUCAACUGCGCGCACGUCGACAAUAUCGACCGCCCGUCCUCGCUGAAGCAAGGGCAGCACGCUUCCACCUCCCCCACCGCCACCCCCGGGGAGCAGCUCGGCAUUUGGAUCCAGCAGCACGGCGGCGGCAUAUACACGCGCGUGCGGCCGCACGAGCACGCGCGCCAGCCGCCUGGCGCAAAGGCCACAGUAGGCCGCAUCUUCCUGGCGCGGGCCGUGUCCGCGGAGCAGUCGCUGGAGCUUGAGGGCAGCCAGGACCGGGCGCUGGUGCUUCGGCGCGGGUUCAACGACCUGGCAACGACGUACAGCCCGGCGUUCCCCUUCUACGCGAACAUGGUGUUGCCGGAGGAGCAGUUCGACCGCCGGCGACGCAUGUUCGUGACGCAGGGUACGGGCAGCUUCGCGGCGUGCGCGCAGUUCCUGGCGCGGUACGACUGCGAGCUCGUGCGCGAAGAGGUGGUAGGCGCCGCCGAGGGCUUUUUCCUCGCAUUUGGGUGGCGCUCCGGCGAGGAGGCGCCGUGGGUGAGCAUCGUGUCGGUGAGCCAGCGGGAGGCGCAGCUCGCCAUGGGCAACGCGGACAAAAUGGCCGCGGCGAUUGGCGGCAGGGAGAAUAGCAAGGCGAGCUUGAUGGUGCGGGACGUACGCGGGUGGAUCACAAAGGUGAUCCACGUGUCGGUGGACGCGGUAGCGACGGAGGGGAGGGUGGUGUAUUACAUCGACAUGGACAUAGUGGACGCGCCGGAGCAUGUGCUCAAGGGGCCCCACGGAGCGUUGUCGCAUAAAGAGAGCGCUCUGUACCAGAAGACAUAUUCGAGUGGGCAGCGGCAGCAGCGCCGUGCGGCUUGGCCGUGGGAGGAGGAUGAGUCAUCGUGAGAUGGGCAUGCAGGUUGAGUAACUUGGGGUGAGUUAAUGCCCAAGAAGCCCUCAAACAUGACACAGUGUGCGACACUCGGUCAUGUUCUUCUCACAUUUCGACUGCUGGUGUAAGUGAGAGGGCUCUGCCUGGAGAUAAUCUCGAGCCCCUAGGACACUGUAGGAUCCGUUUCCAGCUCCUGCCAAGGCGGGGAUUCCAUGCAAAGCCGUUUCAUCCUUAUGCGUG